ACACUGAAGCACAUUUCUGCCUUCAAUCAGUGUCCAUUGAAACCUACCCAUAAAUAUUAGCCCUUGACUCUCAACCCAACGAAUUCCAUAAAUCUAGACCACUGAGUUUUUAUAGGAUCUCUUUAAUUUGAAUCUCACAAGUAUCUAUAUACAUCAACAAAUGUUCUGUGCUCAGGAUCAUCUCACAAAUCUAUAGUAGUGAUUUGUUCUGGUCACUUCAACCUCAGCCUCGCCUGAAAGAUAAGAAGAACGAGAAUCAAAAUUGAGAAUGGGUAAGGGGAAAAAAGAAGAAAAGAAGGAGAGCGAGGAAUACAUGUUGAAUGGAGGCCUAUUAUUAGAGAAGCGAAUUUCCUAUUUUGGUGGGAGGUAUUCCAAUCCAAUUCGUAACUUCUCUAUCCAAGAAAUUCAAAGAGCAACAGACAAUUUCAAUGGAAGUUUAAUCUUCAAUGAUGAUGUGAGCAGUUUGUACAAAUGGUACAAAGGUUCUUUGGAAGGUCGAGUCAUUCGUAUUAGGAAAAUUGGUCACACGGGUUUUCGAGGCGAUCUUCAAAUUGUCACAAAUGAAAUUGCUGUUGCAACACAAAUGAGCAGCCACAAGAAUGCCUUGAAGCUACUAGGAUGUUGCUUAGAGACACAAAUACCUAUUCUGGUUUAUGAAUUCUCAUCUUGUGAACCCCUUGGAAAGAAAAUAUUUGAUUGCAAUGAGCCUUUCCCAUGGAAGAGUAGGCUAAAGAUUGCAUACGAGAUUGCUAGUGUAAUUGCAUAUCUUCAUACUGCCUUUCCUAGGCCCAUCAUUCAUAGGGAUAUAAAACCUUCACAUUUCUUUUUGGACAAUGGUUCUACUCCCAAACUAUCCUAUUUCGGACUUUCUAUUGCCCUUCCAGAAGGUGCAACGCAUGUGGAUGGCGAUCUAUGUGGGACUUUGUGGUACAUGGCACCUGAGGUUUUUUCUUCAGGCAUGUACACAGAAAAGACUGAUGUUUUUAGUUUUGGUACACUUAUAUUGGAACUUCUAACUAGGCGAAGGGCUUCCAUUAUUGCGCAGAUGAAGGGAGUUAGUAUGCGGAAAUAUGUUGAAGAUCACAUAGAAAAUUUUGGCAUUAAUGACAUCUUGGAUCCGAUUAUUCUAGUAGAGGGAGGGGGAGUCCUUGAGCAGCAGCAAUUCCAAGCAGUGUACCAACUUGCUCUCAAAUGCACUGAGGAAUUUGCAGAAGAGAGGCCAACCAUAGUGGAUGCUGCAAAAGAAAUUAGACGAAUUCAGCGGUUUGUCAUAUAAACUUUCUUUUGCAACAAAUUAAGUAUAUAAUGGUUCAUUAUAAGUGAUUAAGCCUUGAUUAGUUUAGAACUUUGAUUAAACAUGACAAUUUGGUUUGUCACUUCCACA